AUGGAUUCUCCAUUUUUUGCAAAGAUUAAACGAUUCCGUCCACCUUCGAAUUUUAAUCAACCUCAGUUCAAAGGUUUGUUUGAUGGAAAAAAUGGAGAUACGGUGGAGCAUGUCCAACGAUUUCAAGCCUUGAUGAGCUUGUGGGGGUACAGUGAUGAGCUACUUUGCAGAACAUUCCCAACGACUUUGACGGGUAAGGCUCUAACCUGUUUCUCUCAUUUAAAGUCUAAUUCGAUCAAGAAUUUUGGAAUGUUGUUGGAUGCAUUCUUCGAGCAAUACAAGAUUAACCUCGGAAGCAAAAAAGGAAGCAGUCACUUAUUCCUCUUGCAUCAAGAGCCUGCUGAAAGUCUAAGUGAUUGCAAUAGGAGGUUCCGUCAAGAAGUUGGUGAAGUCGGAAAAGUUGAUGAGAAUUUCGUAAUAGAAGCAUACAAAAAUGCAUUGGAUUACGAUGAGUUUGGAAUUUACAACUCAUUAACAAUUCAGCCAGUUGGAAGCCUCAGAGAAUUGUAUGACAGGGCUGAUAGGUAUGCAAAGGCAGAGAGAGAAAAGAAGGCAAAGUUGUCACGGACAGCAAAAAGGCCCGCAACCGAGGGACACGCCACACCAAGACAACAUUUUGAGGGUGAUUCCAAAAGGAAAAAUCACGAUGAACCCUGA